UUUAUUUUGCUUGUCCAUUUUCCAGUUCAUUUUUGCAGCUACAGGGAGAAAUUUAUUAGUCUGUAUUGCCGCCUUUCUGCUGUUGUGGAGCUGGAUUCUCUGAAUACCCAACAGUCCCUGAGGGAAGCAAUCUCAGACAGCGAAGUUGCAGCUGCCAAACAAAGACACCAGCAAGUUUUAGAUUUCAUUCAGCAAAUAGAUGAAGUUUGGCGAGAAAUGAGGUGGAUCAUGGAUGCUCUACAUUAUGCAAGAUACAAGCAACCAGUUUCUGGCUUAUCCAUAACUAAGCUGAUAGAUCCUUUCAAUGAGCAGAACCUAAAGAAGAUCAAUUCUACAUCAUCACAUAUAGACUGUCUUCCAUCACCAUCACCAUCCCCAGAGAUGCAAAGAAGAAAAGCAGUGAGUGAUUCACAGCCUUGCUCUGACGAAGAAGGCUGCUCAGAAGUCUUCCUGCCCACCGACAGCGACUACGACUCCAGUGACGCCCUGAGCCCCCGGGACCUGGACCUGGUCUACCUGUCAUCGCACGACAUUGCCCAGCAGUCCCGAAACGGACUCAGCGGCAGUGCCCCCGACGUUCUGCAGGUGCACGAUAUGAAGCCUUCUUCGGGGCCAGGCCAAGACACCAACCACUCAUGCGCCGAGCUCCUGCACAACCUGACCCUCACAGGCCUCCCGCCCAAGAACCACGCCAAGAUGGCGCCAGGAGCGCGGCCGCCGCUGGGCUUCCUGGGAAAACGGAAGUCGGCCAAGCAGCCGCACUACGGCGGCUUCAGCCGCCAUCACCGCUGGUUGCGCAUGCACAGCGAAACGCAGUCGCUGUCGCUGUCAGAGGGCGUGUACACACAGCACCUUUCCAGGGCCUGCGGCCUGCCUCAGGAGCCUGAGGAGGCCGAGCGACUAGGACCUCCUCCCGGAGGAGAGGAAGAGCAGCCUCCAGGACCCUAG